AUGUUUUUCCGGAUUAUGGGCGAUAUGUUGCAUGUAGCAUCACUCCUCAUCUUGGCUUUCAGAAUCAGAAAGACCAAGAGUUGUGUUGGAAUAUCAUGCAAAACCCAAGAGUUAUAUUUCAUUGUAUUUGUUGCCCGAUAUUUGGACCUCUUUACAUAUUACGUGUCAGCUUACAACACACUAAUGAAAAUAACCUUUAUAUGUUUAACGGGCUAUCUGAUAAGCCCAUUUGUUUAAAAAAAUAUUCCUUCUAUUAAUUAAAAAUAUGCUUAUUAUAGAAAAUAAAGAGUUGGCCAACAGCCUUAAAGUACUUAUUUUUUAUAAAUAAGUAUAUAUCUGAUGAGGUUCGCUAAAAUAUACAAGCAAACUUAUGACUCCAGAGGUGACAACUUUGAGUACUGGAAAUACCUUCUUGGGGUUCCUUCACCCGACGACUAUUUCAUAACGACUAUUUUUUUUGGCCUAUUUUUUUUUGGCCUAUUUUUUUUGGCCUAUUUUUUUUGGCCUAUUUUUUUGCCUAGCCUCAUUCAUGAAGCUGCUGAGAGGACUAAAACCUUAUUGAGAAACAGAGGCCUUUCCUUACGCGAUUAAUAUUGAGUAAACUAAGUGAAAAACUCCUAAUUAAAUCUAAAAUUCUCGAGAUUUUAAAAGCAAUGAAUUAGUAUUCAUGGAGUAAGAAAUCUGUUAAGGGUGCAUUUUCCGUUGGUCAAAUCGUCUAAAACACAUUAAAAAUUAGAUUAAAACAAUUAGUAUGGAAUUAUGCCCAAAUAUUAGUAAAAAAUAGUUAAAAAAUUGUCAAAAAAAGGCCAACAAAAUAGGCCAAAAAAAAUAGGCCUAAAAAAAAAAUAGGCCAAAAAAAAAAUAGGCCAAAAAAAAAUAGUCGUUAUGAAAUAGUCGUCGUGUGAAGAUACGCCUUCUUGGCCCAUGCUUCAUCCUUGGACUAUUUUUCAAUACAGAGUUUACUCAUAUGGAAAUAUUAUGGAGUUUUUCGAUAUUCCUUGAAGCUGUUGCUUUUAUUCCACAACUAGAAAUGCUACGCAAGAUGAGGGAAGUUGAAAAUUUACAGUCGCAUUAUGUUUUUUGUUUAGGAGCUUAUCGAGUAUCUCCUUUCCAUUAAGCAUAUCCAAUUUUCUAACUCCCCCCCUCCGUGAGUGAACAAAAAAAUUUUGUUCACUCACGGAGGCGGGUUAAUUUUUUUUGUUUGAAAAAAAUUAUAUAUAAAUUUUUAUAAAAAAUAUUUUUUUUUCGAAAUUUAAAAAAUCCCACUUCGCAAAAAUUGGAAAGCAAAUAUUAAUUUAAUUUGUAAAAUCUAUGUUUUAAAAAGCAAUUCGUAUAAAAUUAAAUAGAAUUAUCUCUAAAUUUCAUUAUACUAAUUAUCACUUAUAUAUCAAAAUUUUUUCCAUAAAAAAUUUUUCUAUUAAAAAAAUUUUUGUUCACUCACGGAGGGUGGGUUUUUGGGCAAAAAAUAGCGAUUUUUCUAAUGGUUUUGUUCACUCACGGAGGGGGGGGAGUAAGCAGAUUUAAAAUAUAUUUAUAUAAAUAAUUUAUUAUAUUAUUUACUACUGCUAUCAUGAAGUUUUUAUCUUAAGAUAUACUUUAUAUCAUUAACUGGAUCUCUAGAUUUUUGAACAAUGAAGAGAUUUCUUAUAUUUCACUAUUCGCUGGUAUUAUACAAUCAAUUCUGUACGCAGACUUCUUCUAUUACUAUGUUCUGGCGAAGCUUAAUAAUAAGAAAUCAGUUACGUUACCAAUCUAA